UUCAGCAUCGUCUUCAUUAGCUGUUUCAUUGUUAUCCUUCGUUGCAGUGUAAAACAAGCUAAUUUUGAUCACGCCUUAUUACGAUACUUCCAAAACAAUGACGGAGUCGAGCAUUCCCACUAUUGACCUUUCACCUUUCUUUAGAGAAGGUGAUGAAGAGGACAAGAAAAUUGCCAUUGAUUCUAUAACCAAAGCUUGCUCUGAUUAUGGAUUCUUCCAAAUUGUGAACCAUGGCAUUCCCUCUGCUUUGAUGAACCAAGCCCUCCAGCUUUCCGAGAAAUUUUUCAAUUUCCCAGAUGAGGAGAAACGCAAGUCCAGUCCUAACACAGCUGCACCCCUCCCUGCCGGUUAUAGUCGGCAGCCGGAACACUCACCGGAUAAGAACGAAUAUUUUCUGGUGUUUCCACCAGACUCUACCUUCAACGUCUACCCUCCAAACCCUGCUGGAUUCAGAGAGGUACUGGAAGAGAUAUUCAGUUACUUGAGCAAGACAGGUACCCUUAUAGAGAGCAUAAUAAACGAGGGUCUCGGUCUGCCAUCAAAUUUUCUCAAAGAAUUCAACCAUGAUAGGAGCUGGGAUUUCAUGUCAGCUCUUCGUUAUUUUCCGGCAACUGAAAAUGAGAACAAUGGAAUAACAGAACAUGAAGAUGGAAACUGUAUCACUUUUGUUUUCCAAGACGAAGUUGGUGGUCUACAAGUCCGCAAGAAUGGGGAAUGGAUUCCUAUUACCCCUGCAAAGGACACUAUAGUUGUCAAUGUUGGCGAUGUUAUUCAGGUGUUGAGCAACAAUAAUUUCAAAAGUGCAACCCACAGGGUAGUGAGACCUGAAGGCAAAAGCAGAUACUCAUAUGCAUUUUUCUACAACUUGCAAGGAGAGAAGUGGGUUGAACCAUUGCCAGAGUUCAGUAAAGAGAUUGGAGAGGCACCAAAGUACAGAGGUUUCGUGUUGAAGGAGUAUCAGGAGCUGAGAAUGAGAAACAAGACCCAUCCUCCUUCAAGACCUGAGGAUGUUAUCCAUAUAACCCAUUAUGCCAUAUGACAAUGCAUGACCCAGAAUAUGUAGCAAUUAAUAAGGUACCAAAAUGGCAGCAGCUUUUUUACAGGCCAUAACAAAUUUAGAGUCCAAACCAUGGGGAUGAUGGCCUGACUGUACUUGUUAAUGACAUCUGCUGCUAAAAAGCAUAUCUUUAAACAUUACAUGUGCAUUUCUUUCAAUUUUAUUGCUAGGAAAAGUUAAAGAUGCCACCAACAAUGCAAUUUA